AUGAGUGAUCUUGAAGUUGGCGAUGCUCCCUUGGAGGUUUUUAUGUUCUUUGCCGAUGGCAUUGUCCACGAGGUGAAUCCCAGUAGCCUCGCGCCGUACGUGGCCCCAGAUUUCCCCAGUGAAAGGUUGGACAGCUUUUUGAGUCAACAACGGCGCCCUCUGGAUAUUCCUGGAUUCAGUGACCAAAUUCGAGCUACUGUAAACCGCACCAAUACGGAGCUGAUCAAGAAUUUCAACCGCGUGUUUGCGGUGUUGGAUUCAAGAAUAUUGGCUCCAUUACUCACCAAUACCUUGCAAUUGGCUCGCGACAUGACUCCCACUGAACGUGAGAAUCUCUUGAAGUCGUUGAGAGACUCUCCCAUUCCGGCAAAGCGGAAGUUGUGGCGGUCAAUUCACUCUCUUUCCAUGAGCACGUUUGCCAAGCUUGCUGGAGAUGACUUGCACAAAGCUAUGGGCUAUCUGGGUGAAACUCGAACGGCUGCGUACGAAGGAAAUACCGUUGAUACUUUCCGUUACACGUUCAUGGAAAAGCCUCACGCACUGGGGCACAAGCUCUACAUUCCUGGUCUUGACGCGAUCAUCAUAGGUCUGGGCCUGGGCGCAGGCGUAGUGGCUAAAACCCUUAGUGAGAAUGGCUACAAGCUGUUAGUGAUCGAGAAAGGGAAAUACUUCCAUCCCCUGGAAUUCCCUAAGACUGAGGCUGACGCCACAAAAGACCUUUACGAGUCAGGAGGUUCAGUCGCACUGGAACUGCAACACAUCUAUGUUACUGCUGGUCUGUGUUUCGGUGGUGGGUCUACAGUUAACUGGCUGGCCCUGCUCAAAACCCCUUUCAAGGUCAGGAAGGAAUGGUACGAUGAAUUUGGACUUGACUGGGCGGCUCAGGACACCUUUGACGAAUGUUUGAGUUAUGUUUGCGAGCAAAUGGGCGUCACAACUGAAGGCAUAGAUCACUCAUUUGCCAAUCAAGUGAUCUUGAAUGCUUCUAAACGCUUGGAUUACAAAUGCAAGGCAGUGCCUCAAAACAACGGUGGCCACCCUUCGCACAACUGUGGUAACUGUCACAUGGGGUGCAGCUUUGGCAUCAAAGCUGGGCUGGCUCAAGUUUGGUUCCGUGAACCUGCCGAGAAAGGAACUAAAUUUAUGGUGGAAACUGUCGUUGAACGUAUUUUGCAUGAGCGGGGCAAGGCUACUGGUGUUGUAUGCCGUGACCUAGUUACUGGCACGGAAUUCACCAUUACUGGUCCUCGCCACAUUGUUGUCGCUGGUGGUACUUUAAACACUCCAGUGGUACUUCAAAAGCUGGGCUUUACCAAUGGCAAUAUCGGAGCCAACUUGAAGCUUCACCCUGCAACUACCGUAUGGGGUGAUUUUGGGCCUGACAAUCGUACCAAGCCGUUCGAAAAACCAAUUUUAACUACAGUGUGCCUGGAAGUUGACGACCUUGACGGCAAGGCUCAUGGUGCUAAGAUCGAGACAAUCUUGCACACUCCUUUCACCCAAGUGGCAACAUUACCAUGGAAGCUGGCUGAGCAGGCUCGAAUCAACAUGUUGCGCUAUCCACAAUUGGCGGGAAUGGUGCUCAUUGACAGGGACACUAGCAGCGGUAAGAUCACCUAUGACAAGCAAAAACCGCUGGCGUUGGUGAUCAAUUAUGAUGUGAACAAAUACGACCGUAAGGCCCUUUUGGAGGCAGUACUUAUUGCAAGUGACUUGUUAUACAUCGAAGGAGCGAUUGAAAUCAUUCCUCCGCAAGUGGAUUUCCCAAUGUUUCGCUCCUCAAAGCACAAAGAGGAACGCACCAUUCACGACAAGGAGUACUUGGAUUGGAGAGCCGAUAUUGCUAAGCGUCAAAUCAAACCCUACAGCACGCCCUUUUUGCUGGCACAUCAAAUGCUGCUGUGUCGCAUGGGUUCAAGCCCGCGGUUGGGUGCGGCCGAUCCUAAGGGUAGAUUGUGGGAGUGCAGAAACGUUUGGGUGUGUGAUGCGCUGGCGUUGCCUACCGCGCUGGGAGUUAAUCCCAUGGUGCUGACUAUGGCAGUAGCAAGACACAAUGCGUUGGAAUUGGUGAAGGAGUUGGCACCACAAGUUAGACUUUGA